AUGCUCUCGAAAUAUAGUUCAUUGAUCAGUAAGAGGGUCGUGAAUGGUUAUAAUGUGCAAAGACUACCUUCUAAAUUUGACAAUAUUAUAGUAGCUAUGUCUGGGGGGGUUGAUUCCUCUGUUGCAGCGGCAAUCUUUUCAGAAUAUUAUCCUAACGUAAGAGGAAUUUACAUGCAAAAUUGGUCACAAUCCCAAUCACUAGACGAUCCCAAUAAAGAACCAUGCUAUGAAAAAGACUGGAAAGAUGCAUGUAGAGUUGGUGAACAUUUAAAUAUUCCAGUAGAUUUCAUUAAUUUCGAAAAUGACUACUGGAACAACGUAUUCCAACCAAUGUUGGACAUGUAUGCUAAUGGUUUGACACCUAAUCCCGAUAUAAAUUGUAAUACAUUUGUUAAAUUUGGGAGUCUUGUUGAACAUCUAGAUAAUAAGUAUGGUAAGGAUAAUUACUGGCUGGUUUCUGGUCAUUAUUCAAGAAUCUUAAAUGAAAUAAAUAGUGACGCUUCUCACCUGUUAAGAAGUUAUGAUAAAGGAAAAGAUCAAAGUUAUUAUCUCUCACAAGUAGCAAGCAAUAUUUUCCCUAGAUUAUUAUUACCGAUUGGUAAUUUGAUAAAACCAGAAGUUAGAUCGUUAGCUACUUCGUGUGGUUUAGAGAAUGCAAACAAACCUGAUUCACAAGGUAUCUGUUUUGUCAAUAAUUCACAACAUGGUAAAUUCAAAAAUUUCCUGAAACAUUACCUUACUGCUGAUGAAGGUAAUAUAGUAACAAUUGACUCUAAAACAAAUGAAAAGAAAAUUUGGGGUAAGCAUUCAGGCCUAUGGUCAUACACAAUUGGCCAAAAAGUGGGAAUAUCUAUGCCACAAGGAGAUCCGAAUUACAAAGGAACAUGGUUUGUUAGUGAAAAGAAUAAAACAAGCAAUGAGUUAGUAAUAGUGAAAAAUGGUGAUAACGAGGCAUUGUAUAAUAAAAAACUAAGCAUUGGGCCUUUUAAACCACUAGGGAUCGAUACAAUAGCGCUACAAGCACUCUGUAAAAACGCUCUCAAAGAUAAGACAUUAGUCUUACAAUACAGAUCGUUACAAACACCGAUUCAUAUAAAAGAAUGCGAAUUUAAGGAUUUAGAUAACAAUGAAGUUGAACUUACUUUGGAAUUGAAUACAAAACAGAGAGCAAUUGUGGCUGGACAGUACGGCUGCCUCUAUAUCAACGAAAGGGUCCUUGGUAGCGGUACAAUUUCAAAAACAUGGUAA